AGAAUAGUGAAUACUUAACAGUGAACAGCUAGAGUUUAGUUUCGUUUUUUUUUUAAACUCGAGUUUCGAGUUUACGUACAAAUUUGUAUUUAUUAUAAAAUUUCAAAAUUAAAAAUGUCUGAAACCGCGUCAAGCACGGUGGUCGCCCGUUUCAAAUCGGACACGGGAGAAGUCGUCAGCAAUAUGAUGGACCUGCCUAGAAACAUUUCCGUCAAUCAUUUACAGUUGAUUUGCAAUUCCAUACUCAAAAAAGUAAUAAAAUUAUCGAUCGUUGAUUUCGAAAUCUAUCCGACCGGCAUCCGUAUAGAGUUUGUUGUAUUUUAUCGUUGUUAGAAAAAAAAUAAAAACAAAAUUCAUCUAAAAAAUUUCAGGACGAAACUGUUCCUUAUGCAUUUUUCAUCAACGACGAAGAAAUUACAAAUUGUCUAGACGAAACGUUGGAAGGUAAACAAUCGUACACUGAACAUGUAUUAGACAUAGUGUACCAAGAACAAGCAGUGUUCAAAGUACGACCCAUUACUCGAUGUACCAGGUCUGUAGUAUCUAGUGCUAGUUGCAUAGAUUAGCGACAUGUGAUUUCCAUUUAUCACAGAUAAUGUUUUGGUUUUUAGCUCAUUACCUGGUCACGCAGAAGCAGUGAUAUCCGUUCAGUUCAGUCCAGACAGUCGAAAAUUGGCCAGUGGUUCUGGCGACACGACUGUGAGAUUUUGGGAUCUAGAUAUGCAAACACCAUUACACACCUGUGAAGGUUUGUUGUAAUCUAUAAGAUAUUUGUUUGAAAAUAUUUUAAUUUUAGUUAUUUUACAGGUCAUAAAAAUUGGGUCUUGUGUAUUGCCUGGUCUCCUAAUAGUAAAUAUUUAGUUUCGGGUUGUAAAAGUGGAGUGGUCAUGUCUUGGAAUGCAGAAACAGGCAAACGAGCGGGUCCUCCAAUGACUGGUCAUAAACAGUGGAUCACAGCCUUGUGUUGGGCUCCAUAUCAUUUACAUCCCGAUUGUAGAAUGUAAGGUGCUUGUUCAAUAUUUUCCUGUUUGAUUGGAUUCUAAUACACAUUUAUUAUUUGUGUUUAGAUUUGCGAGCAGCAGUAAAGAUGGAGAUAUCCGUAUUUGGGAUAUUAUACUCGGUCAGUGUCAAAGAUCGCUUACAAGCCAUACUCUUAGUAUUACUUGUCUGAAAUGGGGUGGAUCCGGUUUAUUGUACAGCGGUUCACAAGAUCGUACAAUUAAAGUUUGGAGAGCUGACGACGUGAGUUAACAAUUGGUUGUAGUUAAACAAAUAAAACAAUAAUUUUGUAAUGUAAAAUAAUAUGAUAGCAAUUAAGUAUUUGGAUAAUUAUUUAAAAUGUUAUAUUUAGGGUAUCUUGUGUAGAACAUUAGAAGGGCACGCUCAUUGGGUGAAUACUCUCGCCCUCAGUACCGACUAUGUGAUCAAAACUGCAAUGGUACCCCUACCGCCUUAUAAUGAUGUUCGAAGUAAGUUAUAGUCAUUUUUUGUUUAUAUAUUAUUUCUAUUUUCUAACAAUUUUUUAUUUUCUAGGCGACAAUGUUUUAGCCGAAGCUAAAAUACGAUAUGAUUCUGCAGUAGCAAAUGGAGGGGAACGAUUGAUUUCUGGUUCAGAUGAUUUUACAUUAUUUCUGUGGACUCCCGAAACUAGCAAACAGUCUGUUGGUAAUGUGGUCUUAUUUAUUUAUUUUAUCAAUAUAACUUUUUGGGAUCUAUUUUCUGGCCAUUUUAGCCAGAAUGACCGGACAUCAGCAACUAAUCAACUGUGUACAGUUCUCACCGGACACGCGGCUAGUUGCGUCAGCUUCUUUUGAUAAGUCAAUAAAAUUAUGGGAUGGGAAAACUGGACAGUAAAUAUUAUCAAUUUUUUCCAUUUUAAUUAUUAACUGACGUAAUCAUAUUAGGUUUCUUGCAACAAUGCGUGGACAUGUACAAGCUGUUUACAUGAUAUGCUGGUCGGCUGAUUCCAGACUAUUGGUCAGCGGUAGUGCUGAUUCGACGUUAAAAGGUUUCUUUUUUCACAAAUGAUAUUAAGAUUUAUUUGAUAAAAUUAUUAGUAGUAUUCAAUGUUUUUUUUUUUUUUAAGUUUGGGACAUGAAAGCCAAAAAAUUGAAAGGUGAUUUACCUGGUCAUGCCGAUGAAGUUUUUGCUGUAGAUUGGUCCCCGGACGGUCAUCAAGUUGCGUCUGGUGGCAAGGAUAAAGUACUCAGGCUGUGAGUAUUUGAAUAGUUCAUAUAUAUUUUUCAAUAAAACCAGACAUUAAAUUUAUUUUGUUUUUGUUUCAGGUGGUCACAUUAAUAAAAUUAAAAUUUUCUAUUUUGCAAACAUAUUAUUUUAUUAUGUAAAUAAAUAUUUUUGUUAUUAACAAAUUGAAUAUUAUAUUUUUUGUAUAUUGUAUUAUACUACUAGUGUUCAGUUUUGUAUUGUACAAACCCUUCUCUAUCUAGUACACACUUCAAGGUAAUUUUAUGUUACAAUUAUAUGUCUUAUAGAACUUCUCAGAGUAAUAAGUUUAAUACAUGGUUUGAAAUAGACAUACUUAAUUUUUAUAUUAUAAUAUCAUUAAGCAUUUUACAGGAGUAGAAACUUUUGGAUUAUUUAAACGGUAAUCAACUAGCGAGUUAUUGAAUCUCGAAACCGAUAUUAAUGUUAGAAAAUGAACUAACACAAUAAUGUAAACUCAUUACAUAGGGAAAAUACAGUUGGAACUGAUGUAGUCGGUGGCACAUCUGAUUCAUUUCCAAUGGCUUAAAACAAUAAUAACUAAAUAAAUCCAAAUUAAUAUUAUUACUCUAUUUAGUUUAAUUCAUAAUAAUAUCUAAAACUUUAAACAAAGAAAUAUAACUUAAAAAAAAAAUUGUAUAAUGUAUUAUAUUAUAAUGAAUAUAAUAUACAUAUAUAUAUGUAUAUAUAUAUAUUUAUAUAAAAUAUGUUAUAAUAACAUAUCUAUAUUGUAAUAAUGUAGUAACUUUGACCAUUAAAAAAUAAUAAUAAUUAAACUAUAAAAUAUUAAUUAUUCAAAUUAAUAAUAAUAAAAAAUAAAUAAAUAACUACAACAAAAUAUAUUUAAGAGGCACAUUUUUUUUUUUUUUUUUUUUUUUUUUUUUGUACACCUAAUAAUUUAUUGAAUGGCACAAUAAUUAGGUCACAAUAACAUAAAAUAUUUUCAAAAUAAUAAUAAUAAUAAUAAUAAUAAUAAUUGAUUAUAAAUAAUGGUACCUACUAUCAAAUGACUUCGUGAUGUGUUUUUUCGUUGCUUAAUUUUAUUAAAAAUGUAUAAAUUUUAAACAAUUUUAAUUUACUCAUAUAUUUUGAUUUAACGACACAAAGUACAAGGUAGGUAAAGAAUUUGUCUUAAAAAAAUCAUUAUUAUUUGUGUAUAUAUAUAUAUAUAAAUAAAUAAAUAUAUACGUUAUUAUUGAAGUUCGAAGCUAAUAAUAAUUUGUAUUAUAAUUAUGCAUUGUUUUUUGUUUUUUUAAGCAGUAUAAUGGCUAGAAAAAAAAAAAAAAAAAUAGUAAUAAAAUUGUCAUAGAGUUGUGAAGAUUUUGUACAGCACUUCAAUUCCAGUUUUGUUACAAUAAUAUAAUUCACCGAUAGUAUGGUUUUUUUCAUUUAAUUUUAUUACCUAAACUAUAUAUUUUCCUAACACGAUUUAAACUACACUCUCUUUGUCGACAAUCUGUUGCAUAUCAGAAUACACUUUGCGCAAAGACACUUCGCUGGUUCGACAGGAUGUUGUGGUACCGUUGAAUAGUCCAAACAACCAAUUUCUAAUUGAAUUUCUCGAUACCAAUUUUUUUCUAUUCGGUUCCAUUGAAAUGUCUUCGAACGAAUGCCAUCUUUUGUUGUCUCCGUCCGUUAAAAGAGGGGUGUACUGUAAACUACCGUUGACCACAGUUUCUGUACCGCUGUCUUCGCAGCAAUUUUCAUCUUUUUGUCGUUGAUCGCCGAGUAAUUUUGAAUCCUAUGUAAAAUAUUAAAUUUACGGUUAAUAAAAAGUAACAGGACAAAUUAUUAUCAUGUGAUAGAAAUAAAUUGUUUCAGUUUUCGAACCUCUAACGAACGGCAACUUCUUUUGAUCAACGAGCUCACCCGGCUAAUGUGUUUGUUUGGAAAUGGAUCCAUUGACGUUGAUUGGAUCAGCCGUUUGCGGAAUGGCUCUAGUACCAUGGGCGGUAUGGGAGACGGUCGCUGUUCAUAGAGUACGGAUUGACUGUCUCUGACGUUACGGUCGAUAAAAUGUCCUCGUGGCACAAAUGACGGACGUCUGCUGGUAUAUUCGCCAAAAUUGGAAUACAAUUUCGGGCUAAGUCGUUUUGAUCCGCAAAACAGAGGAGGCAAUUCGGCCAAGUCCACCUAAAAGAAAAAGAAGCAAAAUAAAUAUUAUAUAGAAAAAAAAACCCACUAGAGCAGCAGAGUUCCAUUACUAGAGUGAAAUUUCCCCCAGCCAACUCAGUCUGUCGUUAAAAUUAUCAUAAUUAUUUUCUGCCAUAAUUGAUCCAAAAUAAUUAUGUUCACCAGAGUUUUAUUAAAUUUAUAUUAAAAUUUUGUUUAGUUUUUAAUAUAGCUCCUUAUUUCACACGGUUCAGACGCUUUUACGUAUUUACCUACAUGAAAUUAAUAUUCGAAUCUAUUAAACCGUGUAUUUAAAAAAUCUGUGAAAAUAUGCAAUCAUUCACGUGUUCACCUAUAUUUAUGUAUUUACAUAUUUAGGUAUCUAUUUCAGGUAUUUCACUACAUAUUUACGUGAAUAACACAGAAACAUGUGAACACAGAGUCCAUUUAACAUAAUUAUCAAAUUACGUGAACGUGGGGUUAAAUGUUUAACACUUCCAAGGCAUAUCCUCGACAACAUUGCUAUUUACAAUAAAUAUAUAAAAAUGUAUAUAAAUUUGAAUCCCGUUUCAUACCUUGAUAGGAUAUUAUGUAGGGGUAUUUUCUAUGAAAACGUGAAAUUUGAGCAUAUAAAUGGUUGAGGAGGUGGUUGAAAAUUGAAACCCCCAAAACACACAUCCUCAAUACAUACACUAUGCAUAUACAAUAUUUUAUCCUCCUGGUCUUAUUUGGGAGAUAUGUAAAGUUAAAAAAUACCCUAAUCCCACAAUAACAGUGUAAUUCAUAUUCAAAUCCAAUCAAAAUUUUAUCAUUCCAAUCCACCUAUAAAUCGCUCCUUUACCUCACCAACUUUCGAGUCCCUCACGUCUGAUCUGUUCUAUCACUACUUUUGCAAUCCCUUUGCACACCAUUAAUUAUAGUUGAAAUAAUCCUAUACACCGCAUGAUGCGUCUUGCUAACGUCCACCCUUCGUUCUUACACUAAUAACUGGUUAAUAAAUACCACUAAUACCUAAAUACCUGGUUCGGUUUUUCACUUUCGCUGAAUUGUCUGCAUGUUAAUUUAUUAAGUUCUACUGUACUUUGGGUCAUGUCCGUAUUAAAUAAAUAAAUCCUACCGAAUUUGGAUUCAUUUGAUUUCAUUUAGACCGAAUAAAAACUAAAAGUGUCCAAAAGUAGCGCGGAAAAAAAAUGAUGUAAAACAGACACAAUACAGAACAACAGACUAUAUUUUCGGGGGAAAUUCAUUCUAAUUUCUUAAAUGUUCUAAAAAACAUUCCGGAAAAAGUCAAUAAUUUCCAAGAUAAUGAGUGUAUUCACUUAAAUGGAUCACCCGGCAUGCAUAUUUUAUACGUACGUCUCUUCUUUUGAUAGCAUUUUCGUUUGUUCCUUCGAGCCAGUAAGUGAGCACUUCUCCUUUGCCUUUCAUGUUAACGUAUCCGCGUUCUUUAAUUAUGUAACCGCCCAACUCGUCAAGAGCGUUUUUACACUGUUCACUUAUGUGGAUCUUCAACGGUUCUCCGUUGGAUUCCAUCCGUGAGGCCGUGUUCACUGUGUCGCCAAACAGACAAUAUCUGGGCAUUGUGAGACCAACGACCCCGGCCACAACAGGACCUAUUUAUAA